AUGGGUGGCCAGGCAUUUGGUCUCGAACCACGUUGGACAUCUGAGCCGGAUAUUGCCAAAGUUGAAUUAAUCGCUCGAAAGCACCUCAAUCUGGAGGAAAAUGAUCUCUGCCAUCUCAACUUUUAUGCUGAAGGGGCCUUUAGCAAAGUAUACAGAGUCAAAACUGCAAAUGUAGGCUUCUUAUUUCGUAUCACAUUGCCUGUCGAGCUCUUGUAA